GCCAGUCAACAUAUGACCGGUGAUAAGAAGUGUCUUGAAAAUUUGGAAGUCAUAAAACCUUGCUCAGUUGGCCUACCAAAUGGAGAUUGUGCGAUAGCCAACCAAAAGGGGAGUGUGGUUGUAGAUAAUUUGAUCACCUUAGAAAAUGUUUUGUUAGUUCCUCAACUCAACUGCAAUCUUAUAUCUGUCUCACAACUUCUUGAGAAAAAGAAUUUAAUUGUCAAGUUUAAUAAUAAAAUUUGUAUUAUACAGUACUAUAUGUCGAAGAUGGUGAUUGGAAUGGUUGAGCAGGCUGAAGGACUAUAUUAUCUCAAGAAAGGUGUGAAGGACAAAGUCUGUACUGUGAAGGAGGCGAAGGAUCUGGACAUUUGGCACAAGCGCUUGGGUCAUCCCUCCUACACCACUGUCAACACUUUUCUCCACUUACCCAAAAUUACCAAUAUCCCUGAUUCCCCUUGUGAU